CUGGGGGUGGGGGGGGUGAAUGAGGGCAGGAAAAAAAUUAUGUUGGCUGAUUCUUCCAAAGUAAUAUAAAACAUAUGCCAUGUUAAUUUAAGAAUAAAAAUUUACAAGAAGUAAUUUGCAUACCUAGCACAGAGUCUGACACGUGUCACGUGUGACCGGUAGCCACCGCCCACAGGCAAAUCGAACAUGAUCCUGUUUUUGCAUGCAUCUCAGCUCAUAGGUGGGUAAUUACUUGCCGACCAUGCAGUAAAAAAUUAGCAAUCAACCUUGGCAAUGAGUUUCAUGUUCUCUAGCUCAUAGGAACAACAUUAUGAGGGACCCAAAGCCCACUCUCCCGGUAGCAAAAUGAUUCACCAAUGACAAAUGAGACCCAACCAGGAAGUUGUAAACUUCUCCGUGUCCUUCUUCUUGUCUUCUUCUUCAAAGGUCAGAGCUAGAAUCAUGGAUAUUUUUUACCAUAUUAAUUGUCUAUUAUGUAAAGCAUCUUGCUCAGACAACUGUGACCUUUAAAGAAAGCAUACUCCUUUCUGAAUUCUCUGCAGCGAAAAACUGAUCAGACAUCAGCUUGAAGACCAAAAAGAUGAAGUUACUAACUUGGAUGCAUCGCAAGUUUCGGCAAGGUAAUGGCGAAACACUGAAGGAAUUUCCCCUAGGGCAGCAAUUCCUGGAUGACCCUCAUUUCUAUCAGAAGCAAAACCAAGGGAAACAAAGAAGAGCAUCAUUUACAAGUGUGGAGACAAGAAAUUUUGCUGAAUACGAAAGAAAAUCAUCGUCGGCUGAUGAGUAUCCUGAGUACUUCGAAGGAUUUCUAGCAAUCGGCACUUUUGGGGUAGCAGAUGCAGUCAUUCCAGAGCCAGAGACACCAACAUUUGAGGUAUCAUUUGAUAAGCUUGCAGAAGGAGAGGCUGAAGUGACAGAAAAUGAAUUGAGGCUCAUCAAUGAUGAGUUAGAGAGGGUGCUUGCUUCUGAAGCAAAAGAUGAUGGUUGGACCGAUUCUUCAGGGAGAAACAGUCAUGUUAGCAAUGGAAGAAUCAGUCAUGCAAGCACCAUCACUCUGAGUGGGAAGCCACUGGAAAUUCCAGAAAGCACAGGAGGCACAGGAAGUAAUUUGAUGUACUGUCCACUACAAGAAUAUCUGUUAGGCUCAGCAGUAGAAGUGCCAGAGAAGGCAACAGUGCCGAAAAAGGAGAAUAGGACAUCAUUGGGAGAGCUAUUUGAGAGGCACAAGGCAGAAGAAACCUCGGAAGUCAAGUGCAAACGCGGGGAGAAAAGGGAAGAUAAAGAAGGAGAUAAGACGGCUUCUAUGAAUCUCAUGAAAAAGAUACUGACGAAGAAGAAAAAUGCACUGCAUGCUGCUUCUAGGAACUCUUCUGCCUCAACUAGGGGACCUGCUGAAUCUGGUUCGGCAGAGACAAAGCUGUGCAAGAUCCUACAGAAAUUUCACAAGAAAGUGCAUCCCGAAUGCUUAAUAUCCACAGAAAAGUCAAACAAAAUGCAUAAGAAUGGGAUCAAGGACAUGAUGCCCAGCAAUGCAGGCUACUUCAAGGAUGAGCACACAUUUCCAGAUGAGAGCAACACAGCUUUCUCCCAGAAAGCAGGUCAAAAUGGCUACAUGCUAAGCAGGAAGAGCAUCUCUAACCCAACUCAAUACACAGAUGAUGGUAGUGAUUCAAAUGGGAGCAGGGAGUGCUGGAUCAAAACUGAUGCAGAUUACCUUGUUUUGGAGCUCUAAAAGGAGAAGCACGGAUGCAGCUAUGCCAAUUCCAUCAUGAAGAACUACAACACAUCUUAUGCUAUGUUAAUGAGAUGAAUAUCCCUAGUAUAUUUGACGAGUAUGUUGAGUGGUUGAGUUUGAAGCUAGAUAAAAAAUAAUAAUAGAAAAUCUGGUGUGAAACUCUGUAUCAUCUAUCAUCAGUCAAUAUAAUAUUGCGGUUUGUAUUACUUCCUAGCAAUUUGUGUUUUACAUUAUGGUUGUAAUUAUAGCAAACAAUCUUCAUUUACAGCAAUAAAAUUGUCAU